UUGGUUCUCGAAGAGUCAACAUCAUCCCCUGGGAAGCAACGGAGUGAGUUUGCGAGAAACGCCCGAAAUAAAAGAGAAGAGAAAAAAAAAACAGAGUGAGUGAUAAUAGAAGAAAUAAAGUGAAGGUCUUUAAGUAAGCAAAGAGAGAAAGAAGAAUAAGCAAAAAGGAUCCUGUUUAAGGAAGAGGAAAACGAAAGUGAGGAACAAAAAAGUCGAAGAUUGUUUAAAAGAGAAACAAGUGAAGUGAUAAAUAUUCAUAGACAAGGAAACGACGAAAAAAAAAAACGAUCACUGAUCAAGUGGAAUAACCAGAUAAUACCAGAAAAAGCUUGACUCCUUAGUCAAAAAGUUCGUUGGUAGGUCGCACCGGGUCGAAACGCAAAAGUUGCAAAAAUGGUACUUCGAAGCAAGCACUUUGCCCGCCACAUCUUCCAGCACCAGCACAAGCUGAUCCAGCAGCUGCUGCAGAACCAGAUCCGGCUGUGCAGCGGCGGCUCCCAGCAGGUCAAGCAGGCCCUCCGCCUGGACGAAGAUGACAUCAAUAACAUCAACAUCCGCACGGUCGCCCCACCCGCGACACCCUUCCCGAUGACGCUGGAGCACGCGGCCGACGUGGGCGAACAGUUUAAGUAUUCCGACCUGUCCGUCCGGCUGGCGGCGCCGCACCAGCUGCACCCGAAGCCCGACGCGGACGAUCUGUCGUUCGGCAAGUACUUCACCGACCACAUGCUGCGGAUCGCGUACCACCGGCGGCUCGGCGGCUGGCAGAAGCCGGAAAUCACCCCCAUGGAGAACCUGAACUUGCAUCCGGCGGCCAAGGUGUUCCACUACGCGGUUGAGCUGUUCGAGGGCAUGAAGGCGUACCGUGGCGUCGAUGGACGAAUCCGGUUAUUCAGACCGGAGAUGAACAUGGCCCGUAUGAACGUUACCGCGCACCGCUCCGGAUUGCCGACCUUUGACGGCGAAGCCCUGAUCAAAGCCAUGUGCCGACUGAUCCUGAUCGAUUCCGAGUGGGUGCCGCACACCGAGUCGUCCAGCUUGUACAUUCGACCCACGCUGAUCGGAAUUGAGCCAACCCUCGGAGUCGCCUCGUCGGAUUCGGCCCUCCUCUACACGAUCCUCUCCCCAGUUGGUGCCUACUUCAAGCCUGGUGCCGGCGGUCUCAAGCUGUACGCCGACCCGAAGUACACCCGGUCCUGGCACGGCGGUGUCGGCGACCGCAAGGUCGGCUCCAACUACGGACCAACGAUCCACGUGCAGAAGGAAGCGCUCAAGCAGGGUUGCCACCAGGUGUUGUGGCUGUACGGCGACGACCACGAGCUGACCGAGGUCGGCGUCAUGAACGUGUUCAUGCUGUACAUCAACGACAAUGGAGAAAAGGAAAUGCUCACCCCACCCCUGGACGGGCUAAUUCUGCCCGGAAUCACCCGUGACUCGAUCAUCCGGUUGUGCCGCGAGUGGGGAGAGUUCACCAUCAAGGAGCAGAAGUUCACCAUGCCCUGGAUCCGCCAGCUGGCCAAGAAAGGACGGUUGCUGGAGAUGUUCGGCGCGGGCACGGCCGCCGUCGUCAGCCCGAUCGAGCGCAUCGCGUACGAGGGCGAGGAGAUCUACGUGCCGACGGACGCCCAGGACUCGCCGGUGUACCGGCGGUUGUACGACACGCUCACCGGCAUCCAGUACGGCAAGAUUGACCACCCGUGGGCCACGGUGAUAGAUUAAAAGGUGCGGAAAGUGUUUGUAUAGUAUCGAAUAUCGCCUCGGAAAAUCAUCCGCCGGCUUCCCGGAAGUUUGUGGAGAGUCGUGGAGAGGGAAAAGACACCCUAACCGCAAUGUUUUUGGGUUAGGGUCACUAGGCUAGGCGCGAUUGUGUAAAUAGUGCGGAGAUUUCCUUGUUUAUUUUUAUUUUGAGUAAGAUUCAACAGCUGUUUCUUGUUUUGAAUAGAUGUGCCAAAUUUUGCAUGCAAAGAGCCCACUUGUGACCGGUUUUGGUCACAAGUGGCUGUCAUAUCUAUUUGAAUUUUAAGAAGAUUGUGAUUUUCAUCUAUUUUGUUUUCAACCAGAAUCAUUUUCUCUAAACUAUACUUUGUAGAUCUACUUACUCUUGCAGAAAGAGGAACGAAAUCGAAAUUGCAUGAAGCAUUUAUUAGUUUUUAGGUAGGACCGCUUUAAUCCUUUUAAUUUCAACUUCCCUCUGAGUGAUAGAUGAUGGAUUACUGUUUAAAACGGGGUGAGCUUUCUCGCAGGACCACGCAGGGCAAGUCGUGUGAUACAGUUAGUUUGAAUUAUUUUGUUGCUAGUGGAGUUAAGAAUGGUUCCCCUUGCCGGACAUGUGAUAAGGUAAACAAAACUCAGGAAAUUGGGAAACAAUUUCAGUGGUCUUCCUCGCAGUCGCAACUGGGGCACAACAUUACCCUUCCCCCCACAAAAUUGGCAAAGAAAAUAAUUGGAACAGCAAAAAUCUGGGCCCGCUUCGCGCGGAUGAUGUUUGAAGUCUAACAGAACCAAAUUAACACACAAAACAAAGAAAAAAUCCGUAAAAAAACCCAUCAAAAUUCAAACGAAUCGGCUGCAAACAGAAAAAUUUGCGAGGACGACGCAGCAGGCAUGGUUUGAAAUAUUUCACUGAAAUGUUUCCCGCAGCAAGCGAAGCGAAGCUUGCCCGUUGAGAUAAAAGCUCGCGCGAGUGUGAGUGUGGGUGCGCAAAAGUUGGUAGUAUUUAAGGAUUUUUGAAUUUAUUUUUAUCUCUCUUUUUAACGAAAAAAAAAAAAAACAAAAACAUAAACAAAAAAUAAA